UCAUGCAGACAGCUCCUACCAGGAUUCGUUCUCUCACCUUGGUGUCACCCAUCUACUGAUGGAGAGUGUUGAUGUAGUGACACAUCGGAACUUAACAACGACACAUCCUGUCUACGAAAUCUUGGCUCCACAUUUUCUUUAUCUACUGGCUAUUAACACGAAGGCAAGAGAAUACCUGAUCAAUAAAAAUGGAAUCGUAGACAAGACUAGGACGAUCGGCAGAGAAGGAACGUUCGAGAUCAUCCGAAGACAAUUGUUGAAAUGGAGGAUGGAUGAAGAUGGGACAUUGCCACGGGAUCUUGAGAUAAGAGGGGUGGAAGGGGAGGGUACUCUCCCUGGCUACUAUUACCGCGAUGACGCACUUCUCGUCUAUGGCGCUAUACAGAAGUAUGUCCAUACAUAUAUCCACGUUUAUUAUGAUGAUGCCGGUUAUUUUGGCAAACACCAUGUAAGGAAGGAUGAACAAAUACAAGCCUGGGUAGCGGCACUGAUUGCCAAAAGAGAACCUGUCGGCGGUGGCUGUGAAAUCCAGGGCAUUCCAUUAGAUGAGAAUGGUUCGACUAUAUCUACCUGUGAUCAACUGGUAAAAAUACUGACCAGCAUCAUAUACAUGUGCAGUGUGAGUCACGCCGUCACCAAUUUCCCACAGUACGAACAGUACGGCUUCCAGCCAGCCUACCCCGCGGGCAUGAGAGGGACACCACCUCAAGUUACGAACACCGUGGUAACUGAGAUAGACAUCAUCAAAGCGAUUCCGCCCAAAAUCACUUGCCUGUUGGAAAUGGUCGAAAUGAAGUUUCUGAGCACACAGAACACCAGCCGCUUGGGAUAUUUCACCACGAGAGAUAGUAUACCGCUUAAGGCAGACGACGCGUUGAAGCAGUUGAGGAAAGAUUUGCGAAAAGCUGCUGAAAUAAUUAUGGAAAGAAAUAGCACAAGAACUCACCCUUACCCUUGGGCAAGCCCCGACAACAUUCCGAAUUCUAUCAGCAUCUAGCUUAAACAUCACCCCAAAUUUCCUGGGCACCUACCACGACUACUGAAGACGCUUUGUCGUGACUAAGCAGAAGUUUGUGUUGACAAAUAUAAAAGAUAUUAAAUAUAAAUGAACUGUCACGAUCUAACAUACAUUUUGUAAUUUUCAGUAAUAUAACGAGAAUAAAGCAGAGAGAAUAUAGUGAACAUCAUUGUUUAUUAUAUUAUUGUCUCGUCGACACGCUAUGUGUUGAUUACUCUGUUAAUCUUCAUGUAAAACGUCCAAGUACUCCUGUCGAGUUGUUCGAGGAAAUCACAAACAAUUCUAUCUCAGACUGUCUUCCUCAUAACUUGUUGGUCGGGAAGCUGGAAGCUUAUGGCCUGAGCAAAGCCUCACUUAACCUGGUGUCCAGCUACCUGAGCAGCAGGAAGCAGCAGGUAAAAAUUGGCUCCAAAUGCGGUGACUGGCUGGAAGUGCUGAAGGGGGUACCCCAGGGUUCUAUUUUAGGACCCUUGCUUUUUAACGUAUUUGUAAAUGAUAUGUUUUUAUGUGAAUGUAAAUUAUAUAAUUAUGCAGACGACAACACUGUCAGUGAAUCAAAUAAAGACCCAGAUGCUUUAGAACAUAAUAUUGAAAAUGACUGUCGAAAUUUAAUAGAGUGGUUUAAAUUAAACCAGGUGAAAGCAAACCCUGAUAAAUUCCAGGCCAUUUGUAUAGGGAAACGUUCGGUAGAUGCUAUACAGUCUUUUAGUAUUGGCGAAAAAGAUAUUGUUCCUGACAAUGUUGUCAAACUUUUAGGUGUGAACUUUUGAUUCAAUUUGAAACUUUGAAGCUCAUAUCAUUGAAAUUUGUAGGGAAGCCUCAAGGCAAUUGUCCAUUUUAAAGCGAACUGGGAGUUUUUUAACCAAACAAGGUAGACUUGUAAUUUAUAAUUCAUUUAUCGUUUCAAAUUUUAACUACUGUCCUUUAGUCUGGCACUCUUGUUCCAUGAAGAUUGUCAGAAAGCUAGAAAAGAUACAAAAAAGAGCUUUAAGGUUUAUACAUAAUGAUCACAACUCAUCCUUCAGACACUUACUCAGUAUUACCAACAGCGACAGGCUUCAUGUAAGGCGUCUGAAGGAAAUGGCCUGUUAGGUUUUUAAAAUUAUAAACAAAAUUUCUCCUGAAUAUAUUCAUAAUCUUGUAAAUAUUAAGAUGUAUAA